AAUAUCCGAGUUCAAAAAUUAAAUAUGGCGGCGAAAAUGACAAAUAUUCGUACAUGUUGUGCUUUACUAAAUUUACGACAAUGUACAAGAAAUAUUGCCUCGAUUACUUAUCGAAGUUAUUCCUCUAGUCCAUUUAGACGAUGCCAGCUCUACAGGUAUUUCUACAGUACAGCUCACAGAAAUAAUUUACCUUCCUCACAAGCUACCGAGCAUAAAGAGAAAGCUCAAGUAACGAACAGUUUAGGCAUAAUUAAAAGUAUGUUGCAUCAUGUGUGGCCAAAGGAUCGAAAUGAUUUAAAGAUCAGGGUGGUUCUUGCCAUUUCAUUGUUAGUUGGAUCAAAGGUCCUGAAUGUCCAGGUACCAUUUCUCUUUAAAUAUGCUGUGGAUCAUUUGAAUAAUGCUACUCCCUUAAUGGACACUGCAGCCAGUACAGCUUUGACACUCACAACAGCAUUGCUGCUUGGAUAUGGUGCUGCAAGAGCUGGUGCAUCUCUUUUUAAUGAACUAAGAAAUGCUGUGUUUGCUAAAGUAGCUCAAAGCUCAAUCAGAACUGUAGCAAAGAGAACAUUCUUACAUUUACAUAACCUUGAUUUAAGUUUUCAUCUUUCAAAGCAGACUGGGGCUUUGUCUCGAGCAAUUGACAGAGGAACAAGAGGAAUCAAUUUUAUGCUAACUGCAUUGGUUUUCAAUAUUUUCCCAACAUUGUUGGAAGUUUCAAUGGUGACUGGGAUUUUGGCUUAUAAAUGUGGCAAAGAAUUUGCUUUGGUGACAUUGACAUGUAUAACUGGCUACACUCUCUUUACAUUUGGUAUCACUCAAUGGAGAACUAAAUUUCGUAUUGAUAUGAACAAAGCUGAUAAUCAAGCUGGAUCAUUGGCAAUUGAUUCCCUGCUUAAUUAUGAAACUGUCAAGUAUUUUAACAAUGAGCAACAUGAGGCUAGCAGAUAUGACAAGUUGUUGGAAAAUUAUGAAAAAGCAGCGCUGAAAACCAGCACAAGUUUAUCAAUGUUAAAUUUUGGUCAGAAUGCAAUAUUUAGCACAUCUCUAGUGGCAGUCAUGUUGUGUGCAAGCAGUCAAAUAACUGCAGGAUCAAUGACAGUUGGUGAUUUAGUGAUGGUUAAUGGUCUGCUAUUUCAACUGUCUCUUCCGUUAAAUUUCCUGGGUACAGUGUAUCGUGAAAUACGACAGUCUUUAAUUGAUAUGCAAGCGCUGUUUGAUUUGCGAAGUAUUAAAUCUAAAGUAACGGAGAAACCCGAUGCUUUCCCUCUGAUUCUCAAACCUGGGGAUCCUAAUGCCCACGUGAGAUUUGAAGAUGUACACUUCAGUUACGUUAAAGGUCAGACGAUCUUGAAUGGAUUCAGUUUCGAUGUUCCAUCUGGAAAGAAAGUUGCAAUUGUUGGUGGAAGUGGAUCAGGAAAAUCAACCAUAAUUCGUUUGCUUAAUCGCUUUUUUGAUCCGUGUGAUGGACGAAUAUUGAUAGCUGGACAAGAUAUCCGCGAUAUCUCUUUAGACAGCCUACGUCAGGCAUUGGGUAUUGUUCCACAGGAUUCAGUUCUAUUUCACAACACGGCCUUCUAUAACAUUAAUUACGGGCGGGUCGAUGCAACCGCUGAAGAGGUAUACGAGGCCGCAAGACUAGCGGACAUUCACGAUCAAAUCCGAAGAUGGCCGGAUGGUUACGAGACUCAGGUUGGAGAGCGAGGCUUAAAGUUAUCAGGAGGGGAGAAACAACGCAUUGCAAUAGCCAGAGCGAUAUUAAAGAAACCUCCAAUAUUACUUUAUGAUGAGGCGACCUCCUCACUCGAUUCAAUCACUGAAAUGAACAUAUUACAAGCGCUUCAUCGUUUUACAAAAGACCGCACUUCAAUUGUCAUUGCUCAUCGUUUGUCCACAGUGCUGGACGCUGACGAGAUCUUGGUGUUGGAACGUGGGCGCGUCAGAGAGCGCGGUCGUCAUGAAGAACUACUUCAAGAUACUUCAAGUCUUUAUGCGUAUCUUUGGAAUAAACAAUCCCAGGGUUAUUCUAAGGGUGAUGAGGGUUAGAUGAGGCAUCAAGAGUAGGGUUUUAUAUGUACAUUUAGGAUGGCGUCGACGUUUUGUUGGACAGUAAAAAUUAUGAAUGCCCAUAGUCAGUCAGUCAUUUCGCACUUAGAGCUUUACGAUUGUUGGGUUAAAUAAAAUAAUUCAUGUUUGUUUAUGAUAAUGUUUUCUCUGAAUUGAUAGGUUAAUUCAAUAAACCGCGAUGUUUUAUCAAAAUGUUACACUUAUGAAACCAGUUUUACUAGAAUGGCAAAUGAAAUUGUCAGUGUUGAAAAGGUGGAGUGACUGACCGGAAUCCU